AUGGCCGUCAUGUCUGCAUUCUCGCAAACCAUAGCGCUCUCGCGUCAAGUGCCGCUCUAUCUAUUCGGCUUCAUCAUUGCCAUCAUCAUAUACAGUCUAUCUCGUAUUCUCCGUCGUUCUGCACAACGCGUACCAGACGCACCAUGGCUGCGAAUAUCAAAUCUACCUGGGAAGGCGGGCGAACUAGAGGAUGCCCGGCUUUAUGUCAAGAACGGGCACGAGGUCAUCUGCCUGGGAUACGAGAAGUACACCAAGAAAGGCCAGAAUUGGCUCAUGAGAACCCCCGAGGGAUUUCAGUUUGUCUACCAUCCGAGAUACAUCGAGGAGGUUCGCUCAGCCAAAGACACGGAGCUGUGGAACUUGCCAGCCAACAACGAAUUGGUGCAAACGCGUUAUACAAUGCACAAGAACUUGGAAUACGAUCAAUAUCACUUCAACGUCGUCAGCAAACAAUUGACUCAGAGCCUGGGGCCUGGGCUUCCUGCCAUCGUCGACGAAUGUUUCGGGGCAUUCCACGACUUGAUAGGGGAACCAAAGGAAUGGAAAUCAAUGGUCAUGUUCCCCGUCUCUUUCAACAUCGUGACUCGAACGGCAAACCGCCUUUUGUUCGGCGCAGAUCUCGCCAGGAACAAGGAGUUUUUGAAACUCGCCAUCGAAUACAGCGACACGUUCUUUGCUGGUGCCAACAUGAUCCGCCAUUAUCCGCCGUGGACGAAACGCCUGGCCUUAUACCUCAAGACGGGCAUGUACUCGCAACAGACGCAGGCGAGGAAACAUCUCUAUCCUCUGCUACGGUCUCGUAUCGCAGCAAUGGAGAAGGCAAAAAGAGAAGGCACGUAUGAAGAGUUUGAACGGACAAAGCCAGCCGAUACUGUCCAGUGGGUUCUCGACAUCACGCCUCCGGAAAGGCUGCACGACCUCAACGAUAUCAUGAUGAGACUCGUUCACAUCCUCACCGCGGCGGUGCAUACCAGCAGUGUCACCUACCUCAAUGCACUCUACGACCUCGCCCAGCAUCCCGAGGUUCACGACGAACUCCGUGAAGAGAUCAACAAUGUGUUCGCCUCCGAGGAUGGCGUGUGGAAGAAGCAGGGUCUGACCAAAGCAAUGAAACUGGACAGCUUCAUCAAGGAGAGUGCAAGGUUUCAUCCCUUCCAAGCGGGCACGAUGGAUCGAAUCGCAAUGAAGGACUAUACACUCAGCGACGGCACCGUCGUCCCUAAAGGAACAUACAUGAUUACUCCGUCGUCGGCGGCCAACGUCGAUACGGAAAUCUGGGGUCCUGACGCCCUGGAAUUCGAUCCGUGGAGAUUCCAGAAGAGGCGGCUCGAGAAAGGCCAGGAGACGCUGCACUCCAUGGUCCAAACGACACCUCAAUUUACCUAUUUCGGUCACGGCAGACACGCGUGUCCAGGUCGAUUUUUCGCCGUCAACGAGAUCAAGGUGCUACUGAUUUACACCCUGACGCACUACGACAUCAAGUUUCCGGACAAUAGUCCAAAGCCAGAGCUGAUGUGGUUCUCUGGCAAGUCUAUGCCCGAUAUGACAGCCGAGAUUAUGUGGAAGGUCACCGUCUUCACGAGGAAAUCGGCUCACAAAACAGGUGGCCGGGCAUCCGAGAAUGAUGAUGAUGACCAAGGCAAUGGCCCCAAUUAUAGGGUCGUAGAGGUGGACUACCUCGACACGGACGAAUUGGUGCUCAACCUGAAAGGCGUCGACGUUGUCUUGAGCUUUGUGCUCGACUAUGAGAACCGAGUGCAAAAGGCUCUUAUCAACGCAUGCGUGUUGGCCAAGGUCAAGAGAUUUGCGCCCAGCGAGUGGGUCUGGGGAAACUACUCUGGCAUCGAGCUAUUCAAGUACAAGGACGAGAUACGACAAUACCUGGAGCACCUCAACGCUCAGGAAAUCGUGCUCGAGUACUGUCUCUUCCAGCCCGGCAUGUUCAUGAACUACCUGAGCUUCCCCAAGCCGUCGGCGAAGCACCUGCACCCCUCACCGAUUCCCGUCGACAUUCAAAACUGCAAGGCUCUAGCGCUGGAGGACGAAGAGCCACAUGUUGUCUUCACCACCGUCCAGGAUCUGGCCAGAGUGGUCGCUCUCGCCGUCGAAUAUGAACAGCGCUGGCCGCCGGUUGGCCAUAUCCAGGGCUCGAGGACCACCAUCCGAGAUCUCGUCAAAUUGGGAGAGAAAAUCCGAGGAAAACCCUUCCAAACAUACUCAAUUCCUCGGGAGGACGUCGAGCUCGGCAAGCUGGAAAGUCCCUGGAUCCCUCGCAUCAUUCAUUCCUCGAUACCGCCGGAAAAGGUCGAAGAAAUGAGCAGACAAUUAGCCACUAAUUGGCUUUUAGCUGCCUCUCGAGGCUGUGUCGACAUGUCGCCAACCUGGAACCGUCUCCUACCAGAGUUCAAACCAACUACGGUCGAGGAGUUUCUCAGAGAGCAUUUUUCGGCUGAUUGA